CGUCAGUUGGAGCUUCACAAGUGAUCCAAGCAACAGAAGAGCUAGGCGAAGGUUUGAUGGAUUGGAUCCCAAGCCAAGCAAUUGCUUCCACCACAAACCAAUAGAAGACGCCAUCAUGGGAUCUAGUAGCAAAAGAUCGGGAGGCAACUCCUGGCUGUCUCUUUUCUGGAUCGUAUUAUCCGUUUCAAGCUGUCUGAAUAUCAUCCAACCCUCCAAUGCCUUUCCUUCGGGUGCAGGAGCUUGCCCCGAAGAAUCCGCCGCCGUGAGAGGUCCUCACACGCGCGCCGCCAAUGUGACCAUGGGCGAACUGGAUGAGGACGGCAUUGCCCUGCAAAUAGAUGGCACUACCCUAUCGGUGGAUGACAUACUGACCAUCCCUCUGAAUGAGCCACUCGAUUGGCUUCUUUACACCGAAGGAGCUGCCUUUCGAGGAUUCUUGAUUCGAUUGGGAGGAGGAAGUGCCAAUGUGGAUACCACCACCUCGUUGGAUUCUCCCAGUAUCCCCGACGAGGCGCAAAUUGCCACGGUAUGUCCAUCUGAUGUCGGUGGUAUUACUCAUACCAACCGUGGUGAAAAAAUUGGUAUUACGGGAACCAUUACGGUCACGGAAGAAUCCGCCGACAUGCCACUGGAUGUUACCGUUGUGAUUGAAAAUCGAAAUGGUGUUUCCAUCUUCUAUCAUUCGACGUUUUAUAUUACGGCUGCCGAAAUCGUGUCAUCGCCCACGUCCAGUCCAGGCACCAACGAACCGACCGUCGAGGUUACAUCCAUGUACGGUCCUACAUCGGAACCUACGGGAGGGUAUCCCCACGACACCUACUACCCCACGCAUCACUACACAGAGACCCCAACAGAAGAACAGCCCUACGAAACGUAUGCUCCUUCCCAACUCGUCACCACGGAACCCACCCACUUUUAUACUGGUACCUUUGCCCCGUCUCAUUCGCACGACGGCUACACCUUCUACCCGACACAUCACUACACGGAGACAGACAUACCCACGCAAGGGUCUCCCUAUGAAACGUAUACUCCCUCCCAACUCGCCACCACCGAACCCACCUACCCGGAUACCUUUGUUCCAUCUCAUAAUUAUGACUAUACUGCGUACCCGACACAUCACUACACGGAGACAGACAACCCACCCAAGGGUCUCCCUACGAAACGUAUGCUCCUUCUCAACUUGCCACUGUGGAACCCACCUACACGGAGACAUACAAACCCUCGCCAGGGGAUCCCGCCACUUAUCCUCCUUCCCAACUUGCCACCACCGAACCGACCUACUCUGAUACCUUUGUUCCGUCUCAUCAUUAUGACUAUACUGCUUAUCCCACACAUCACUACACGGAGACAUACAAACCCUCGCCAGAGUGAUCCCGCCACUUAUGCUCCUUCCCAACUUGCCACCAGCGAACCGACCUACUCUGAUACUUUUGUUCCGUCUCAUUAUGACUACACUGCGUAUCCCACACAUCACUACACGGAGACCAUGUUUCCAACCCACAAUGAUGAGUUUCCAACAGUAUCAUCGACAGUCGAACUUUGGGGCACGACCUAUUCUACUGACACACGACGCAUCCAACGCAACAGUGAAAUGCUGACGGGAACCAUUCCUACCAAAAUUGCCUACCUGACGGAAUUGACCGAAUUGCAUCUCUCCCGCAAUGCCUUGACGGGCAGUCUCAUUCCCGAACUGACACAGAUGACCCAACUCCAAUCGAUUCGUCUCAAUGCCAAUUCAUUGACCGGUACCAUUCCACCCGAACUAGCACAAGAGUUGACGGAUUUGCAAUUUCUCUGGUUGGAUCAGAAUUUCUUGACGGGGACAGUCCCUCCCAGUAUUUGUGCUUUGGAAUUUCUCAACUGGGAUGUCGACUGCGACGUGCUGGAUUGUUCCAGGUGCUACGAAAGCACCGCCAGUCCCACGUCCGACGAAGAAGGGGUCGCAUCUUGUGAUGCUUCCUACGUGGAUGGUGAAAUUCGUGGAGAUCGCUGUUAUGCCGUCGAUACGGAAGUGUGUGUGACGACGUAUCCAGCCAAAAGUUGCAGCGUGAUUGAACAGAACUUUACCUAUUACAACGAGUACUAUUCGUGGGAUUAUGAAACACAGACAUUUCGAGGCAGUGGACCCUUUCCCGGUGGCGGGAAUGGCGGAGGAAACAGCGGAGGGAGUGGUCCAGGGAACGGUGGAGGGAAUGGGCCAGGGAAUGGAACAGGCAAUGGCGGAGGAAACAGGUCCUGGAAACAGCACAGGAAAUGGUCAGGCAAUGGUGGAGGGAAUGGGCCAGGCAAUGGAGGAGGGAAUGGACAGGCAAUGGCGGAGGACUAG